CCCCUCACCUUUAUAACCAAUAUUCUCCUACCAUAAACACACAAGUCUCCUUCACCACAUCACACAUGAAGAUCAAAACUUGUGUCUUCUUUCCUUUCUUCCUUAGUCUCUUAUCUUUUUGCAUAAUUUUCAUGGUAACUAUGAGAGAAACAAACUACCUCAGAGAAACAAACUAUCUCCAUGGUUCACAAUACUACGUUCGAGUCGUCAAUGGUUUCAGUAACAACUCCUCACUCCCUCUUGUAAUAUGGUGCGCGACGCUCGACAACGACAUGGGCGGCCGCGCCCUACAAGAAGGAGAUGACUACAGUUGGAGUCAAUCCAUAAACUUUUUGGGUGUUGGUAGUAACAACAACCGUGUGUUUUGCACAUUGAAAUGGGAUCAAAUGAGGAAGAAGUUUGAUGCCUUUCUUAUGUCUAGGGAUAUUCAUCGUUGUAGCCCUUCAAAGAUGUGUCUUUGGUUGGUUAAAGAAGAUGGUUUUUAUUUUAGUAACGAUGGAUUGCUCUUUAACAAGGAUUUUUCUUGGACAUAAACUUGCUCUUUUUUUUGUUGCGUAUAAAGUUAAUUACUAGUAAUAUGUUUUCAUGUUGUUGUGAUUACAGAUUAUCGUAUAUCCUAUAAGUAGUCCGAGUAUCAAUUUUGCUCAUGUAUGUGAGGGUUACAGGAAAUUUAUUCAAAUC